CAGGAAACUGUUUCUUCACCGCUUUGCUAGUUGCCGGCCUCCAAAGCGACAACAAUAAAUUUUAUUCUCGAAUCGCCCUUGGUGAAACUACCUUCAACUAUCCUAAGAACAAUAAUCUGAGCUUUCACCUCUUUCCUUGGUUUGGCUAGUUAGGGAAUGACCCAGAAAAAGGUCUUGCUCUUUGGACCAAUAGAAAUACUAUGGUCAACACCACCUCCGCGUUAUCCGUAUACAAAAUUAUUCUUGGUAAGGUACAGUUCAGACUAUCGGCUCCCCAGGGCAAGAAAGUUUACCCACUUGCCAACUUGAUUUCAAACAUUUAUCAAGUUUUCUGGGACAGUGCAUACCAGCCCUAAGUAUUCUACGAUAUCAAUAAGACAAGCGCCGAAAACACCCCAGAAGACAGUGAGUGCGUCUCCAUUUUUGGGACAUGACUAAACACUUACAGCUUUGAGUGGACUAAGGAGUAUUUCAGCUGGAUUAUCAACGGAAAGGAGGUAAUGAAGUUGCCUUAUGAAGCCCAAAACUUUUAAUAAAUCCUAAUGCAGAUUGUUGCGGUGAUAGUCAAUUUUGAAUCAGAAGAUUUGGACCCAACCUUGUACCUCAGGAACUUGAUCAUUGUCAGCUACCCGACUGGCGACACGUAUACGCUCGAUACCAACGCUACAGACUAGAAUAAGGUACAGGUAUCUGAUGGCGAAGUUUACGAGAGAAAGGAAGAAGCCGACACUGAGUUUAUCUAUUACCGGAGCCAGGUCAUAGCAGAUGCUUCGAAUGUCACCCUGUAGUCGCUGUAAGCAUCUGUAUCCGAUAAUGCCUUAGUUAUUGGUUCCACUACUUCUGGC